UCACUUUCCUUUCAUAAUAGAAUUUUUAGUGUUCUGCCAUGGCUUUACCUUACUCGACCAAAAUGCUUCAAGUUUGCCAUGUCCCUCCGUUUACAGACUCACCCGGAUCCAAGAAACACUUCUCUCUACCCUUAACAUACUUCGAUACCUUUUGGUUUAGAUUUUUUCCAGUGAAACGUGUUUUCUUCUAUUCUCUCCCUGAAACCAAAAACACUUUCUUCAACUCUGUUCUCCCAAACCUUAAACACUCCCUCUCUCUCACACUCCACUACUUUCUACCUCUAGCCGGAAAACUAACUUGGCCUCAAGAUUCUCCCAAACCACUCGUUCUUUACACACCAGGCGACGUCGUUUCAGUCUCCAUCGCCGAGUCUGAUGCUGACUUUGACCUCCUCACCUCAAACAAUGCUUUCCCUUCCUCCUUGCUUAGUCCUCUCGUUUCUUCUUUGCAUGUUUCUGAAACAGGGGCUUCGGUAAUAGCCCUUCAAAUCACUGUUUUUCCUAAUCACGGAUUUUCUAUUGGCAUCACAGCCCAUCACGCCGUUCUAGAUGGGAAAUCAUCGAUGAUGUUUUUGAAGUCCUGGGCUUACUUAUCUAAACAGAACCCUCCAUUGUUGCCGGAGCUCACACCUUUUUAUGACAGAACUGUUAUAAAAGAUCCAUCUGGGUUUGACAUGAAGUUCUUGAAUUAUUGGAUUGGGAAUCCUGGAUCAACUUCCUCAGACUGUAGAAACAACCCAAAACCGUAUGAAUUCUAUCAAUUUCCAAGCUCGGGAGGACCCUCCGACUUAUACCGAGCCACUUUCGAACUAAGCCGCUCCGAUAUUGAUAAACUCCGGCAAAGGGUAUCGUCUAAUUGGGAUAGUUCAAAACCAGAGCUUCAGUUAUCUUCUUUUGUUCUUACCUACGCUUACGUCUUCUAUUGCAUCAUCAAAGCUACAGAAGGUGAUGAAAGUAAAAGGAAAGUUAUUUUAGGAUUCGUAGCUGAUUACAGGAACCGUUUGACACCACCGGUACCGGAAAAUUACUUCGGCAACUGCGUGAGAUCCAAGUUCAGUGACGACAUGAGGGAGCAAAUGCAUGGUAGCGAAGAAGAUUCGUUGACUAGUGUGGUGGCGAAGACGAGUGGUUUAGUAAAAGAACUUGGGAAAGAAAAGGAUUUCAAGAAAGAAGAGGAAUUGUUGUUAAAGAUGACUUCAAAACAGUCUGAAAUUUCUUACUUUGUUGGAGUAGCAGGGUCACCAAAAUUCGGGUUUUAUGGCAUAGAUUUUGGAUGGGGAAGGCCAAAGAAGGUGUCUGUGGUAUCUUUAAGUAAUGGGUCUAUUUCAAUGGCGGAGUGUAGAGAUGGAAAUGGCGGUGUUGAGGUAGGUUUGGUUUUGGAGAAGUAUGAAAUGGAUGUUUUUGGUUCUGUGUUUGUAGCUGGCCUAAGCACCAAUAUACCUUAAAAUUCUGUGAUUGUGUGUAUCAAAUAAAGGCCAUUUUCAACAAAUAAAAUAAGAGUUUACUCACUUUUCACUAUGUUGCAUAGCCAUGAAUCACCUGCUUAAUGGAAUUGAGCUAAA